AUGGCGGCGACUGUGGUGGUGGAGCCCGCGGGCCUCUGCUGCUGGGACGAGCCGGUGCGCAUCGUGGUGCGCGGCCUGGCCUCAGAGCAGCCGGUCACACUGCGCGCGUCCCUGCGCGACGAGAAGGGCGCGCUCUUCCGGGCCCACGCGCGCUACUGCGCGGACCGCGGAGGCGAGCUCGACCUGACGCGCACGCCCGCGCUGGGUGGCAGCUUCGCGGGGCUCGAGCCCAUGGGGCUCAUCUGGGCCCUGGAGCCCGAAAAGCCCUUUUGGCGAUUUUUAAAGCGAGACGUGCAGACGCCCUAUGAGGUGGAGCUGGAGGUGCUGGAGGGCCAUGACCCGGAGCCACAGCGGGCCCUGGGCCGCGCGGUGUUGGAGCGUCACUUCUUACCUCCGGGCGUGCGGAGGAAGCCGGUGCGCGCGGGCCGGGUGCGCGCCACGCUCUUCCUGCCGCCAGGACCUGGACCUUUCCCAGGAAUCAUUGACAUCUUUGGUGUAGGAGGCGGCCUGUUUGAAUACCGAGCCAGCCUUCUAGCUGGCCAUGGCUUUGCUACCUUGGCGCUAGCGUAUUACGAUUAUGAAGAUCUCCCCAAGACAUAUGACACAGUACACGUGGGAUACUUUGAAGAAGCCCUGAACUUCAUGCUUCAGCAUCCUCAGGUGAAGGGCCCAGGCAUUGGGCUUCUGGGCAUCUCUCUAGAGGCUAAUAUUUGCCUUUUCAUGGCCUCGUUCUUGAAGAAUGUCUCAGCCACAGUUUCUAUCAAUGGAUCUUUAUUUUGUAUGAACUCAACUAUACAGUACAAAGAGACAGUCAUCCCACCAUUGGGCCAUGACCUGAGAAGAAUCAAGGUCACUUUCUCAGGCAUCCUGGAUAUUGUGGACAUUCGGAAUACUAUCAUAGGAGGGUGUGAGCACCCCAGCAUGCUUCCAAUAGAGAAGGCCCAGGGGCCCAUCCUCUUCAUUGUUGGUCAGGAUGAUCAUAACUGGAGGAGUGAGAGUUUUGCCCAGUUAGCCACUGAACGGUUACAGACCCAUGGAAAGGAGAAACCCCAGAUCAUAUCUUACCCUGGGACUGGCCAUUACAUUGAGCCUCCUUACUUCCCCAUGUGCCCAGCUUCCUUGCACAGAUUAUUGGACAAACCUGUGCUCUGGGGUGGGGAGGCCAGGGCACAUGGCAAAGCCCAGGUGGAUGCUUGGAAACAAAUUCUAACCUUCUUCUACCAACACCUUGGAGCUUCUCCUAGAUUAUAA